UCAGGGUUUUUAAUAUAAUUUAAGAACAUGCCUUAUCAUUUUAUUAGUUUAUGAGUUAUCAAAUUAGAUUUUUUAAUGUAGUUAAUAUGUAUUAACAGUUAACACCACAGAUAUGCAAAACACUGUGAUUAACACAAACAUUAAAUAUUUUAUAAUUUUUGAAUAUACGAAUAUACAAGUUUACUUUUUAAUAUUCAAGAAAAAAGUACAUAUUUAUCUUAAAAUGUCAAAUGAAAUACAAAACAGUGACAGCAAUCCUUGCUUACAGGUAUUUUUAGAUAUUAUAAUAUUACUAUACAAAUUUGCAUUAUCUUUUUCUUGGUUAUUAAAGUCAACGCUUAAUAUAAUAUAAUAUUUAUUUAUUUAUAUUAACCACUGUUAUUAUCAUAAAAUACUUACUUAUUUUUGUAUUUAAAUUUCAAUGUACAUUAUUUUUUAAACGAGAUGCUUAGUAUUUACUUAAUAUUUUAUUGUGCAGGAACAAAAAUUAUCACUAAAAUGCUUACAAGAUAAUUUUGGAGAUAAAACAAAAUGUGAACCUGAAAUAGAAAAUUAUAAAGACUGCAAAACAUUUUGGGUUUGACUAUUUGUCUAAUAUUAUGUAGAAUAUAUGUCUAAAAAAUAAAAACAUAUAAUUUAAUUUGUUUAAAUUUUUUUUGAAUCACUGAUAAAAAAAAAAAAAGUAUUUAUAAUAUUACUUGCUAAAUAAUAAUAAUAUAUUAUUGCAUUUAUAAAAUAUUAAUUUGUAAAACUUAUAGAAAUUAUAUGUUUUAAUUAUAUUACACUUUUUUCUAGUAUGAUUUGUUCAGAGAGCGUAAAAGAAACAACAUAAAGCCAUAUAUGCCAUCGUUAAAAGAACGGAUCGAGAUCAAAAAAGAAUUUAUGAGCGGUCAUACAAAUUAAAAAUUGUCUUGUUGAUAGUUUAAUAUAUUAUAUAUUUUAUAAAUCGCUACAUAAUUUAUUUUAUUUUAUAUAGAAAUAAGUAACUACUGUUAAAUAUAAUAAAUAAGUAUAUGGUUUUAGUUGAACCAAAGUUAAUUAUAGGAAUGUUAAGAACACAACAAAAAAUAUUUAUAGUAUAUUGUAUUAAAUAAUAAAAUGUCUGUGAAAAUAAAAAUAAAUAACUAUGAAUUUUAAAUAGAUCUUUUUCAGAAAAAAAUGAAAUUCAUUUAUAAUAGUUACAUAUUGUUUUAUAAUCAAUAAUAAAAAGGGUAGCUAAAUUGAAAAUAUUUAUUAAAAUGAGUAUAAUAUAAAGAAAUAUUAUUUGACUACUGUUUUAAAAUUUAAAAAUUAUUUCAGAAUACUUUUAUGAACUUACAUAAUAUUUAAAUAUUAAUUGUUUAUGAAUGCAGGAUAGCAUCAUAUGCUUGGAAAACUCCUUGUGCAACUUCUAAUGCUUGUGAUUUUAAUGAAAGCUAUAAACAACAUAAUUGUCCAAUUAGAAUACAAAUAAAUAAUCUAUUCACUAAUUUAGAAUAAUGACCAUAGCUCAUUGGCUCUACUUUUUAAAACUUUGAUAUCAGCUAACAAUUUUGGCUACUGCUACACCAAAAAUAUAUUUCCACGUAUUAAAUAAUUUUUAACUCAAUAUCUAUUAAUAAAAUAUUUAAAAUUUCCUUACAGUUAUAUUUGGAUUUCCUGGUUGAAUUUUAAGCUCAUUCAACACCCAAUUGCCAUUUGUCAAUUUUAAUGAUUGAUAUAACAUAUCCUGACCUUCAACAUUUCUUUUAGCAAUUGUAAAUACAUUAUUUUGUGACAUCUUCAUGACAAUUGCCUCUAUAAAGGAUAUAAAUAUAA